GUGAUGAAGUAAAAAUUGACGUAGGCAUUGAUGGGCUUAAGUUGUAUAACAGUUCAAGUAAAGUUUUGUGGCCCAUCCUUGGGGCAAUCGUUGGCUUUCCAAACGAGUACCCUUUUACCAUUGCUUGCUUUUCUGGGACGGAAAAACCGUGGAACGUCAAUGAUUACUUAAAAGAUUUUUGUGAGGAAGUAAUUUAUUUGAAAGAAAACGGACUUCAAGUGGGAUCAAAUCCCAUAAAGAAAAAGUUUGAUAUCCGUUUAUUUUGCUGUGAUACACCUGCCCGUGCCUUUGUCACAGGUGUACAGUCUCACAAUGGUAAAAAUAGUUGCUCAAAGUGUGAUCAAGUAGGAAGUUAUGUAAAUAAAAGGAUUUGCUUUUCGAAAAAAGUUCAUAACCUACGCUCUGAUGUUUCUUUUAAAUAUAGAGCAGAACCGGCACAUCAUAGUUCUACUUUUAGAACUUGCGAAAGCAUUUUAGAAAAAUCAGGUUUUAAAAUGGUGUCGCAAUUUCCACUUGAUCCAAUGCACCUAGUCGAUCUUGGUGUAACUAAAAAGUUGACUCAGUUGUUAAUGAAGAGAGCUAAUAUCACUAAAAUUAAUGAAAAAAUUAAUUUUUUGUCAAAAUAUGUUCCUACAGAUUUUGGUCACGUGUGCAGGGAUUUCAAUGAAAUCAAUAAUUGGAAAUCGACGGAAUACAGACAAUUUUUAUUGUAUAUUGGAAUUUUUGUAUUAAAAGACUGUAUUGGUAGUGAUUUUUACUUUCUCUUCCUCCUAUUGCACACUGGAAUACGGCUAUUAUCAAGCCAAAAAUCAUUAAAAACUGAAGCAGACGUAGCACAGAAUAUUUUGCAGGAGUUUGUUCAUUUGUUUGGGCAAAUCUUUGGUGACUAUUUAGUUAGUUAUAAUGUGCAUGGGUAGUUGCACAUAACAGAUUGUGCUAGGCAGUAUGGAACUCUUGAUAGUUUUUCGGCAUAUAAGUUUGAAAACUAUAUGCAAUAUUUAAAGAAAAUCGUUAAAAAGCCAAACAAAAUUCUUGAGCAAAUACAUUUUAGGCUAGAAGAAGGAAAUGAUGUCGAGAAUAUUUCAAAAAUUGGUGCUUUCAAAAUUGAUCACAAAAAAGAAAAAGAUUCCUACUGUUUUAGCAGAAAAGUUGUGCCUGUCAAAAUAAUAGGUAUAGGUGAUUAUUUAAUAGGAUACAGUUUUGGCAAAUUAGAAAACUAUUUUGACCAACCGGUACAAUCUUCUCCGGCACUAGGUAUAAUACUAGGUGAUCAAUUAGGUAAUGAAGAAAUAAAAAUACCCAAAGAGGACAUUGCAUACAAAUACUUUUGCAUACCCCAUGAAGGCAAACACUUACUUAUACCAGUUCUGCAUCACCUUUUCCACGUUUUUGAAAAUUAGAUUUAACAUUUAAAAUAUUAAGAAAUUUGAUACUGCUGUUUUUUUAUGCUAUUAUUACAGAUAUGGAGUUUUUGUUCAGCGAAGAAAGCAUUGGCAUUGAGGCUCAGCAGCCAGUUGGCGACAAGGUUGAGGAAUUGUAAAAAACGGUUUUAACAAACCAAGCAAAAUUAUUGGAAAACCAGAAAAUAGUUAUGGACCAAUUCUUUCAUUUCGGCAAGCGACUAACUAAUUUAGAAAACAUAUUUAAUGAAAAUAAAAUCGAAGCCAGUGAGCAGCUAACACAAUUUAAGACGGUGCGUGAAUGUAAGGUCCUACUCCGCAGGAUUCAUCAUUCUGUUUGUAAAAUGACUGGAGAAGAAGUGGAUGAAAUUCAAACGGAAAUAUCGUCCACAUUACCAUUGCAAACGCUAGCUGCAGCUGAAGAAUUUGAAAAAAAGCUGCUGCAACAACAAUAUCUUGAGGCAAUGAAAACUUUACUUUUGAAAAUUAAGGGUCCUGAAACGACUGUUGACGAUUUGCUUCGUCAACUUUAUAGUAAUGAAAUGUUGUCGCUUUGCAACUGGGAUGGUAGGGCAACAAUGAAGCAUUGUCCCAAUAUUCUCUUGUUUCGGACAUACUUUUUGAUAUUUUUCAGCUAUGCGGACGAGCAACUUACGAGAAGAACAUUCGUAGGUCAAUUGAGCUUAGUCACCACCGUUUUAAGCAGCGAAAUUAUCGGCAGCGGAAUUUAAAUAAGAAAUAAUAUUUAACACUUAAUAUAUAUAAAAAAGUUAUAUGUAAAUAAAUUAUUAAU